AUGCGCCUGUGCGUAUUGCUCCUAGCUGCCCUUGUGGUAGCCACAGGUAAGAUAAUUCUCAUUGGAAUGAACUUCUCGAAAAACAAAAGCUUCAGAAGCCGUCGAUCCGUGCAAACGACAACCAUUCCGCGGGCGGUGCCCAUCACAAAACGGCGAGACUCCAAAACGAUCACAAUUUGUGCUCAGAUACUACUUGAGGAACGGAGAAUGCGACACUGUGCUACUGACCCAUCCGAGCCAAACCUCUAUCGUUACAAAGAAGAGUGUGAGGACGCUUGUAUCAGCAACGCUCCAGCCAACUUGGGAGUGCCAAAAAGCACCACCGAGGACUAUCAGAAGGAAAUCUUGGCGAAAGAAGUCAAGAGAGUAGAAUUCUACGCGACGAGCACGUCACCACCUCCACAAAACGUCUAUCCACUUCCGGUGACUACCACAGAGCCACCAGUCACUACCACUUCUUACACUUAUCCAACAACUAGAACUACACAGGGGUAUCAGACGUAUCCGACCACAAGAAGCACCACCACCACACAAGCCACCACCACUGAAGACCCACAGCCAUUUGAAUUCCACGAGGAUAACACUGCCACUUCUGAACAGGUCGAUGAGCAACCAUUCAACUUUAAUGAGCACGACUUGGGCACUCAACCUAUAACUGUUACUAGCAAUAAUCAAGAAACAACUGAAACCACAACAUCCACUGCACAGGUUACCACCACCACUGAGGCCAGCACCACCACCACCGAAAGAGUGACCACCACGACUGAAGUGACCACUGAAGAGCCAACGACAACCACUGAGCAAGUCACAACCACCACUGAAGCUGAAACAACUACAACUACUGAGGAGCCAACAACGACAACUGAGAAGCCAAUUACCGAGGAAGUCACUACCACCCGCAUGUCAACAACCACUGAAACCACGACAACUCAAGCUCCAACCACAACGAGAAUUUCGACUACAACCCAACGUCGUCAGACUCAGACUACCACUGAGGCCGAGACCACAACAACUCCAGCUGCCACCACCACCACCGAAGACGUACCAACGACACGUGCUCCACGUACCGAAUGCGAGCGUCGUCGUGCUUCAGCUUCCUCAUCUUCAAUCCGAGGAGGAUUCGUUCCAGUCUGCACGCCAUCUGGUGACUUCGAGCGAGUUCAAUGCGAGACCAACGGACGUCAAUGCUUCUGUGUGAACACUCAAGGAAUCGAGGUGCCAAAUAGUAGAACCAGAGAUGGAAGCAGACCAGAUUGCUACACAAUCCAAUCUUCCCGUCAAGUCAACACCAAGGAAUGUGUUGGAGCCAGCACUCCAGGACCAUGCCACGGAUCCUUCCAACGAUUCUUCUACAACGAAGACUCCCAAAAGUGCGAACAAUUCAAUUACUCCGGAUGUGGAGGAAAUGGAAACAACUACGAGUCCAGAGAGGCUUGUGAAGAUCGUUGCGCUCCACCACCAGUUGGAUUGCCAAAGUGCGAGAUCGGAGAGCCGCUGAAGACCAAGAUCGGAGUUCCAGUGAACUGUGCCAAGACAGACUGCCCAUCUGGAUACCGCUGCAGUGUUGUGCAACAUUCCAGUGUCUGCUGCCCAGAGAAUAACAAAGCCGUCGGUCUCCAAACCAACGGACGUGCCUCCCGCUGUGCUCUGCCAAAGGAGCGUGGGCCAUGCGACAAGUAUGAGCUUCGUUUCUACUUCAACGCCGACCUCAAUGAAUGUAAAUACUUCUUCUGGGGAGGAUGUGAAGGAAAUCAGAAUAACUUCGAACGCGUCGAAGACUGCGAAGCAUCUUGCGGAGUCCAAAAGUCCGGUGUCACCAACCGCCCAAAUACCGAGAUCCGUACCACCCAAGGAAUCAGAAUCACACCAAACGGAGGAAAGUUGAGCUGGGAGGAGACUAGCGAGGAAGACGAGCCAACUACCACUCCAUUGGCUCCAGCUCCAACCACUGCCAGACAAACCCCAAGAGCUUCAGUUCAGACUACUCAACGUGUCACUGCUCCACCAGCCACUACCACCACCAGAGCAUCUAGAAUCCAAGCCACCCGUGGUCCAGCUUCAAUCGUUGCUGAAGAGUCCGAGGAGGAAGAGGAGGAGGUCACCGAAGAGCCAGAUGAUGAGGAGGAGAAGGAGCAACCACUCCAUGUUCAACCACCAGUUCCACAACAAAACACUGUAUUGCUCGGAGGUAUCGAUGACAUGACGACUGACUCGGUCAACCGUUGUCUUCAUCCACAAGACCCUGGAAACUGCCGCGGACAGUUCGUCCGUUGGUUCUUCGAUGACAAGACCAAGACUUGUGAUGUCUUCACCUACACCGGUUGUCAAGGAAACGGAAACAACUUUGCUAGCAAGGAAGAGUGUAUGGCCAUCUGCCAUAAGCCAGAACCAACUCCAUCCGCCACCCCAGACUUCUCUCAAGUGUGCUCCAAUGAUGUUGACGCUGGAGAGUGUAACGGAGUCUUUGAAAGAUUCGCUUUCGACUCUGAGACCCAAGACUGCCGAGUGUUCACCUAUGGAGGAUGUGGUGGAAACGGAAACAAUUUCGCCACCAUGAACGAAUGCCGUUCUAGAUGCGUCACUGCCGUCAAGAAGCCACCAGUUUCCACUUGCGAAGCUGAUAUUGAUGUUGGAGAGUGCGCUGGAGUCUUUUCUAGAUUCGCCUUCGACAAGUCCAUCAACGCCUGCAGAUCCUUCACCUAUGGAGGAUGUGGAGGAAACGCGAACAACUUCGCUACUCUUCAAGAGUGCACCAACAAAUGCGUCAACCGUCCAGUUUGCCCAGAAGCCCCAGCUUGUGACACCAAUCGUUGUCAACUUGUCAACGAUCGUUCCGGAUGUCCAUUCUGCUCGUGCCCACCAGUCAAGCAAGCUUCACCACCAGGAACCAUCACCUCUUCCCCUAGAGACACACUUCCAAACUGCCCAGCAUUGGACAGAUCCGCUUGCCACGAGCCAUGCAUGAUGUUCCACAAUCGUCAAGGAUGUGAGGAGUGCGUGUGCCCACAAACUGCUCCAACUCCACCACAUGUUCCAACCAGACCAUUGACCACUCCGGGACUUCCACAGCCACCAGCGUCUUCUUCUAGAAGAGUCGAGGUCGGACCACCAGCUCCAAGAACUACAGAAGCCGCUCCACCAGCUCCAUCUGCUCAACCACCAAGACAAUUCGCUGUUAACACUGUCGAGCAUCAACAAGUGAAGCCAGACCAAUUCCCAUCGCUUCCAAGAACCAUUGCCGCUCAGAUUGAAGAGAAGUGUCUCCAACCAGUUGAGCCAGGACCGUGCAAGAACUUUGCCGAUCGUUGGUACUUCAAUGUUGAUGAUGGAACUUGCCAUCCAUUUAAAUACGGAGGAUGCGCUGGAAAUCGUAACCACUUCUUCACUCAAAAGGAAUGCGAAGUCCAUUGCGCUCGAUUCCUCAGCGGUUCGGCGACGUCGUCUGCACUACCCCCGCAUGCUAACUUCUCACCCACGUCUUCUGAAUCUUCCUCUGAAGCACCGGAAGAUGUGGUUACCACUACCGAAACCCUCGAAGCUUUCCCUGCUCCAAAACUUCAUCAUCGUCAGUUUGCUUCUCCGAUUUACAAGCCAACUGGUGGUCAACAACAGAACUAUGGAAGUGACAAGAUCGAUUCCUAUUCCCCACCCACUCCGAACAGCAACCUAGUCGGAUUGAGUCCCCCAGUCCAUCCAACAUACUUCACCUAUAACGGACAAGAUCAAGGACAGCGUAGAGCAUUCUCCGCUGGAAAUCAAAAUACAGAGAAUCGAAUUGAAGUCGGCCAACAGCUAGAGGCAUUCGGAGGUCAAGCAUUCGCCAGAGGAAGAUUCGAUAGCCGUCAGAGAUUUGAAGUACCAACAGGAUCCCCACAGAUUCAUCAAACUGUGACGCCAUCUGUGCCAACUCCAGAAUUAUCCAUUCCAUUGAUUCAACAACGUGGAAGAUUUGAUGGACGUGAGAGACUCGCAGUUCCAGAAGGAAACCAGCCAGAAACCAGAGUUCCAGAAGAGCCAAGAGCCCCAGAACCACCGCAAUCCAGAUUCCAUCCAAGAACCCAUACCGUGCAGGUCCCAGUUCAGGAAGAAAACUUUGGUAGAUCAAGAGUGGAACAAACAGAAACUUCAAGAGUACCUUCUGGAGGUCCGCGUGCAUCUGGAGUGAUUUCAAGAGUCCCAGAGCCUGAAACACGACAAGAAGUAAAUAACGAGCACUCGAGAAGACCGGAACAAGUUGGACGUCCAGAAGCUCAACCACAGCCAUCCAGAAGACCAGAUUCCUCCUUUGGAAGACCUCAACCACUUCCAACUGCUAGACCAGAAUCCUUCGGACGUGAAUCUUUGGGAAGAUCUCAAGGAGGAGAAAAUUCCAUUCGUGUAACAUCCCAACAAGCUCGCGCCCCAGAAUCCACUAUCAUCGGACGCCCAGUCUCCACCUUCCAACAGCAAUCGAUCACAUCUGAUUCCUCUCGAUUCCCACACCGAUUCGUCACAACUACCAAUGCUCCAGCUCGUACUGAUACCAAGACUCCAUGGUUCCAAUCUACAUCCGCACCUUGGUGGCUUAGAAGUCCAGCUCCAGCUGCACCAACUCCAGUUGCUGCUAGAAAACGCCCAGAACUGAAAAUUGAAAAGCUUGAGAAGGAUGGAAGCCCAGCCCGAUUCAACUUUGAUCCAUCCCGCUACACUUUCUACAAUGGCGACUACUUUGGACCAACUAUUCCAGGAAUUCGAAUCAAUCAAACCCAGGGACUCUUCGUUCAAGGAGGAAGAGGAACAGAGGCAGAUGAUAAGGAAGCACAGGAAGCAUUUGAGCAGUUCAAGCAACUUUCAAAGGGAUUCCAAGAGCAGGCUAACAAGUUUUUGGAGCAGGAAAAGAAAGCGGGUAGAACACCACAGCAGGGAUCGUUUAUCAUCGGUUCUGUGAAACAUCCCCUUUCAAUCAGUUCCCUUUGUUCUUCAGGCAUUCACGACGACGAAGAUGAGGAGGAUCAAUCCAUCGAAGAGGAUCACCGCCCACGUCCACGUGUCCACGGUGUUCCAAUUCAGACAACAGUCCCACUCGUAGUUCCCACCUACUCCUCACCUAUCCCCGCGGUCCGUGGUCCAGUAGCAACGGGUAAGAUUGAAGGACUCGAGACCAUCGCCGCCCACCAGGAAGCACAUCCACCAGCACCAUCCACAAUGAUCGUGCCACGUCUUCCAAGUGCACGAAUUCAAGGAUUCCAAGUCACAAGACCAACGACAACUACCACAAGCACCACCACCACCACCAAGGCUCCAAGCACCACUGAGCCAGCCAGUUCAGAAACCGAAACAUCCGAAGAUAUUCAAGAGGAAAAAGACGUUCAACCACUUCCAGUUAUCAAAGAAGUUCAAGAAGAGCAAACUGUUGGUAAAAAUGUGCAAGUCGUGGACCUAGAAAAAGUCAAUGUUGCCCCUAAAGCUCAGUCACCAUCUGAAGAUUUCGAUAGAGAUAUGAUGUUGGGAAGUGGAGAAGGAUCCGGAACAUCUUCUGAGUUCGAGAUGGCUUCUGAGGAGGAAGAAGUUCGGGAAAGACCUACGCAUGUUCCAGAGGCUCAGUCCCCAAGAACCGAACCUCCAGCCCCAGAGACCCCAGCACCAGAAACCUCAGCACCAGAAACUACCACAUCCGAAGUUCCAUCCACCACCCCCAGCCAGACUGUGAAGCCAACAUCUUCUGAAUUCCACAUCACUUCUGAGGAGAUCACCACCUCCGCUGAAGUUGUCUCCACUUCUGAGGAAGUUGCCACCACGACAACUCCACUGAAGAAGAUUCAAAUCCGACCAAGAGUCUCUAGCACGACCACAACCACAACCACCCAUACCACCACGACCACCCAAGCAUCCCCAUCCACCAGGGCCCCAUCAGUUCCAUCCACCCCAUCUGCCCACACCCCAUCCCACACAUCCGAACCAGAGACAAUCACCUCGUCGGAAAGCGGUGAAGUCGUGUCUGACUUCGCUUUCAACUCGGACGAAAUGCGCGAUGAGAACACUGAAAUUGUUGAAACUUCUGCUUCAGACUCUGCCCGCGCCGCCGGAUCCAAGACCUUGGCUGCUGUUAAGGCAGUCGAGACCCACAAACAACACAAGGAAGAUUUCGCUCAAGAGUCUUCAGAGGAGAAUGGAAUCAGCAGAAAGAUGGAGAACAUCAAUAUUGAUCUUCCAGAAACCACCCGUACUGAAACCCUUGCUCCAGCUCCGGUAACUACCACUGUUGCUCCACCACCACCAGCCCCAACAACUCUGGGAACCACUCCACAACCACACUUCGAACCAAAGUUCGAUGGAAGAAUCGUGUGUGCCAUGCCACCAGACGCCGGAGUUUGUACCAAUCUUGUGCCACGCUGGUUCUUCAACAGCCAGACCGGACAGUGCGAACAAUUCUCUUACGGAUCGUGUGGAGGAAACGAGAACAACUUCUUCGAUAGAAACACUUGCGAGAGAAAGUGCAUGCCACAUCAUGUCAUUCUUGCCCAAGUUCCAGACCGUUGCUCUUAUGACAAGGACGCUGGAAGUGGAAAGGGAUACAACGUCAAAUGGUACUUCAACAUGAAGAACCUCCGUUGCGAGCAGUUUGUCUUCGAGGGACUUGGCGGAAACACCAACCAAUUCGAGACCCUUUCUGAAUGCGAGAGAAUCUGUACUCCAUCCGGACCAAAGACACCGACCCUUCCCCCACAGCCAGUUCAAGAGCUACCAGAGGACCUUCCAACCCUCCCAAUCGGAGCUCCAGGAUCCCAAGGCUCCCGACCAAUUGUUCCAACUCCAACCACUACCACCACCGUAACCACUACUCCAUUCGACUCUCAAGAAGAGUAUGAUGAUGAUGAGGAGCCAAUUAUCGUUCCAGAAGCCAACCAAGAAAUGCCACUGAGCCCAGCUGACACCUUCGGAAAGAUCAAUGAAAAUGUCGAACUUAGACUUCCAGAGCUUGUCCAAACCGUUCAACCAACCUUCGCUCCAGCUCCAACAACUAAGGCUCCAACUCAGGCUCCAACUACUGCUGUCGCCCAGACUACUGUAGCCCAAACCACCACUGCCCCAACUGUGGCUCCACAGGCACCACAAGUUCCAGUUGUGACCCAGGCACCAGUAUCCCGACCAGUUGUUUCCAUCCAGAUGCCAGAAGAGAUACCAGCUGAAGUUCCACGUGUUGCUGCUCCAGAGCCAGCCGUUCAACAGCCAGCCGUCCAACAGCCAGUUGUUCAACAACCAGCCACUCAACCAGUUCCACCACCAACCACAGUUCAGACUUCAGCCCCAACCACGGCUUCUACUCCACUCCCACCAUCCCUCGAGCCACGCCCACCAGCAGCUGCCCAUGCCGCGAAGACUGUCGUAAAGGCCCCAACCUACAAGGCUGAGCCAGUUUUGGGUCGUGAGCAUAUCCCAACUGCCAACGACGGUCAACCACUGGUUGCCCCAUCUCCAAAGGAGACUGUCAAUUAUCAAACCGGUGAAGUGAAGACACCAGGAGUUCCAAAGGCUGCUGGAAUCAAGAGCUUCGAUGAGUCGCAAGGAGGAAAACUCGCUGUUGAUCUUUUCAACAAUGCUGGACCAACAAAAUCCAUUAACGGAAUGCCAGCUUGUGCCAACGGAAGAACAGAAGUCCGCUAUUCUGAUGGCCGUCCAGUUAUGUGCCUCCCAGGAAAGAACCAAUGCCCAGAUGGAUCGUCUUGCUAUUUCAACGGAAUCGAUUUCUUCUGCUGUCCAGAGGAGGAGGAUCCAUAUGAUAAGCACGCCUUCGGAGGAUACGGUGGAGAGGAGACCAAGAACGGAUACAAAGUAUUUGGAGCCCUGAACAUCAGAAGACUUAUGGAUGAAGUACCACUCAGACAGAAGCGUCAAGCUAAUGUUAACUUCAACAUUGACUCGGUUGUCGCCCCACUCCGUUUUGACGCCGAGAAGCCACGUCAAGUAUCUCGUGCUCUCCGCAUGAAGAGCUCCCCAGCCGUUCCACGCCACGGAGCCAACCCGCUUUGCAUUCAACCAGUGGUCAAGGGAUCCUGCCAAGAAGCUCAUCUUAGAUACUACUAUGAUAGAGUAACUGAUUCAUGCAGACUGUUCGAGUACUCUGGAUGUGACGGUAAUGCUAACAACUUCGGAUCCUUGGUCGAUUGCCAACGACUUUGCGUUCUUAAUGUGCAACACAUCAGCAACGGCCAACUUGCCACUACCACCGCCGCCCCAAUGAUCACACCAGAAGAAGAGGAGAAGCUCGCACCAGGACAGUGCCCAGGAGGACGCUCCCCACUCGGAGGAUCUUCCCCAGUACUCUGCGGAAACUCCACCGAAUCCAUCGGAUGCCCAACCAGCUACUACUGUCGCAGAGGACCACCAGAUGUUUGCUGCCCAGGAACUGAUCCAAAAUUGAUGCAACCUGAAGAGAUCGUAAAGGAUGUCGGACGUGGAGUUGUCAAGAACGAGUCUCAUAUGCCACGUGGCUUCAACCGCCAAAUCUUCCUCUCAACACCAAAAUACAUGUGCCCAGAUGCCGCCGAUCCACUGAUGUUGGAGAACGGAGAGCCAAUGCUCUGCGGAUCCGGAUUCGAUGGAGUCAAGAUGUGCCCAAGAGGAUAUUACUGUGCUAUUGACAGUGCCAGAAACUCCAGACUUUGCUGUCCAUUGUACGGAGAUGCUCACCGAAUCGCUCCAGAGGAGGUGUUCGCUCCAAGAUUGGCUUCAAACACUGAGACUACUACUGAGAAGUUGGUAGAAGAGGUCGAGGUUGGAGAGACCGAAGAAGAGGAUGAGGAGGAAGGAGAGGACUUUGUGGCUCACUUGAAAGUGAAGCCAGAUCGUCCAGUCAACGUUGUUGAGGACUUGGCAAAGCAGUCAACUGAUUUGAAUGCCGAGGAUGAGGUGUCGAUUGAUUUGGGAAAUGAUGAGAAGGUCGAGGAAGAGAUCACAACGACAACGGAAAAGAUGAUGGUUCAGGAUAAGAGUGUGUGUCAAAUCAAGCCAGCUGAAGGCCGCGUGUGCAAUGAGUCCGAGACACCAACCCGUACGAAUCUCCAAUACUUCUACUCGCCACGUGACAAUCGAUGCAAACUCUUCUUCUUCCGCGGAUGCGGUGGAAACUUGAAUCGUUUCGAGAAGAAGUCUGAUUGCGAAGCUCUGUGCUUGUAA